AUCAACGUCACAUAAACUCAAUCAAUUUAUUUUCUGCGGAAUUUAAUUAUUAUGGAAAGAAAUACAACUAAUCAUCCAGAUGAUCAAAGACAACAAUACUCCAUAGCUCCGCCAUUUCCUGUUUUAACGCCAGAAGAAAUUAGGACUUUAAGAGAAUGCAAUAGACAGGCUUUUUAUAAUCGAAGUUUGCCUUUAUCAGGACUUGCAAUGUUAGCAACUGGUUAUGCGGUUAAAACAGGGUAUCUUUCCAAAAAUCUUGCUUGGGCUAAAAUACUAGCAACUGGUGUAAUGGGAUAUGUUAUAGGUAAAUUUUCUUACAUGGGCAAAUGUAAAUCAAUGAUAUUGCAACUACCAAACAGUCCAUUAGCUGAAAAAAUGAGACAAUAUAAUAAUCCUGGUUCUUACCAAGAAAUGAUGAAAGAAAUCGCAGUUUUUCCAAAGUUUAACGAGAGCAAGCCACAAUCUAUUCCAGCUAACAAGGGAAAUUUGGAAGGUUAUUCCUCUAAAUCUAAUUUUGAUGCAUUCGAAAGUUACAAAGGACUUGAUGAUAGUUUAAGACCUUCUCUCGAUAAUAAUCGAUUUCAACAACCUAAGUUAUCACCCAAGCCUACUACUCUAUCUGAAAAUGCAAGGAAACCUGACUAUUCAUCAUAUGAUGAUUUAAGAACCAAAAAUAGAUCGGCUUAUAAUUCAAAUGAUACACCUCAAUUGACCGAUCCAAGAAAUCAAGACAACCUUAGAUCUCCAUCCUAUAAUAACUGAUUUACCCUUAUUUAUUAACUUACCUCACACAGGAAUAAUAAAGCUAACUUAGAUCCUAGUUAUUUGAAAAUAUAAUAUAUAUAUUACUACAAUAUAUACUACAAAAUUCCUUUGUAAUAGUGAUGAGUAUUUUUAAAAAUACACAUUUAUUUAAAUUAAACCAUAAUCAUGUCAUCAAAAUUUUCAUAAUUUUUAAAAAAAAAAAUAUUGUGAUAUUUUUAUAUUUUUCAUCGCAAUGAUA